GCCCUUACACAUCUUAACCUUUGGUGCAGACACAGAUUUCAUCCUAUUUCCACACCAGUCCCACACCCAGCACAGCCAUGAGGGCCGGGAUAAGAAUGUUGCUGCUGCUUUUGGCGACAACUGUUUCUGUGUCAUUUGCUCAAAGCAGCAAUAAUAACAACAACAACAGGCAGCAGCAGCAGCAGCAGCAGCAGCAGCAGCAGCAGCAGCAGCAGCAGCAACAGCAGCAGCAGCAGCAGCAUCAACAGCAGCAGCAACAGCAACGCAGCGUCUGGGAUGAGCCCAUCAAAUUCAAUACCAAGGCCAAAGACUCAUGCACCAUGGUGGUGACCGGAAUGGGGAACUAUACUCGCCUGCGCGUGUCCUGCAGGGCUCCGACCCAGACGACAGGACGCUCCUACUACUGCGACUUCCAGGGCAAACCUAGCCUGUGCCACCCUUACAACCGCAACCCUCGCCACUACUUCACCCAGAUGAUGUGGGAGCUGAGGAAGCUGAACAACGCCUGCCAGGGAGCAAAAAUCUACCGUCCGCACAUGUGCAAGACAUACGCCGACGAGGUUCAGAUGACCUUCAUGACCUCCUGGCCAAAGACCGCCGCCGUCAAGCCCUCCAAGCCUGUGCAGGAGCCACGUAAACCUGCGGCACCAGUCCAAAUCAAGCCUGCCGAAUCCCUGAAACCUGGGAAGCCUGUCAAACCUGGCAAGGGCUCCCAGAGCAAGAAAACCACCGCCAAGCCUGGGAAGACCACCACUCAUCCCACAGAGCAGCCCGACUCCAAAGCCUCCCGCAUCGCGUCUGAGUACUGCUGGAAGAGCUUCCAAGGCAUCUGCUCCUUCAUCGUGGGCUGGUUCCAGUAGUGAGACUGCACUGCAGAAACACUGAGGUUGGAAUCACCAGCAAUCACCACAGUCUCCUGUCACUGAACUGCCUGAAUUCAGUCUACAUCUGCGUUAACAGAUGGUGGAGGAUUUGAUUUGAAUGUCAUUUCUAAAUCUACAACACAUGCAGCGAGCCUAAAGGGAAACAUGACAGGCAUGUGUUUCUAUUUUUAUGUGAUUUUAAAGUCUUUUAUGCAUGUCACAUAAAUGUUUCAACAGCAUGUACUCCAUGUAAGAAAAAUGUGAAGAAUAAAGUUAGAGUGGUAACCUGU